CACUGGACCCUGGCUGGAACGUCGCCCAACAGACCCGUGGAAUCAGUGCCAUGGCAGUGAUCUCUUUGGCGGUGAUAAUACGCGAAACAAGUGGUUAUGCUGAAUGGACUGCGUGUAAUAACCUUCUACAGCACUAAUACGAAAAGAGCCGUGGGCGCCGCCCUCUUCCUUCCUCAUACGUGGUCGAGAGGAAGACUCGGCGGAGGCGCCGUCGAGUGGCAAUCGAGGAGGGCAGACCAGGUGUAAUGUGAGUGACCGCGACCACCUGAGCCGUCGGUCAUGUGGCGGCGGGCCGGAGGGACGCGACAGCCGCCCAGCCGGCCACACCGUCGAGGCGAGUCACGGGGGCCUGAGCUCCUCCUCCUCCUCCUCCAGCGGAUCUUCCUCGCUCAGCCGGCAACGAAGCACGGUUUCCCGGCGAGGCCGUGGCGUUCCGACCGCACAACGUGAGUGUUCUCUGAAAGUGGAGGACUCGGCCAGUCAUGCCAGGCCGGUGCGACGUGAGUGAGUGAUAUUUUCUGACGAAGUGCAGAAUGUGGUGAUCGAAAUGGCGGAAUUCUGAUGUAUGGCGCUGGAGGAACCAGUGGCUUUGGGCUAAAAUCUUAACAAUUGUGGAUUUACUGAAUUCGAAAAUAGUUAUUCCAAAAUCAUUUUAAAGGAAGUGAGACAUAAAAGGGAAUUAGAAAGGAAAUAGAAAGAAAAGAAAGAAAGUAUAAGAGUAAGAGAGAGAAAAAGGAAUCUGGUGUAGAGGAAGCAUAUUCCAAUGAAGAAGGAGGGGAAUGCACACGGGUGUAGAUCUCUAGUCAAACGCGCUACUGAAACGUCGAAAACUUGUCCGAACGAACUUCUGAAGUCAGAAAUGUAACUUUGAAGAAGAAAAGAAACGACGUGAUAAAUUGUACGACUUUAAAAAUAAGACUGAAGAGACAGGAAGCAAAACAAACAAACAAAAAAUAAAGAGAACAAGAAAGGAGACCAAGGAGACAGCAGCAGCAGUACUUACAGACGCGAGAUUCCGCGGACGACACAGAGAUGGCGCUGAGUCGAAGGAUCAAAUUCGGCUACGGCGUCGGCCAUGUCCUCAACGAUCUGUGCGCCUCAAUGUGGUUCACAUAUUUGCUCGUCUACCUUCAGUAUGUUCUACAGCUGGAUCGAGGGUUAUCCGGGUUCCUGCUGAUGGUGGGGCAGGUGGCGGAUGCUGUUUCGACGCCUCUCGUGGGGAUGCAGAGCGACCGGGGAUGCAGCAUCUCGAACUACGGCAGGAGGAAGACCUGGCAUCUCAUUGGUACCAUCUGUGUCCUCGUCUCCUUUCCAUUCAUCUUCAUCGUGUGUGGAAUUUGCUUUGGCGCCCUUGGCUUCGGCUACGUUCUCUUACUGGGCUUCAUGAUUUGUCUUUUCCAGUUCGGCUGGGCUUCCACGCAAGUCUCUCACCUCGCCCUCAUCCCGGACCUGACUGACUCGAAAUCCGAGAGAGAGGAACUGAACUUAAUCAGGUAUAUAUUCGACGUGUGCAGUGACGUCCUGGUGUACCUCGUGGCCUGGGUUGCCUUCUCAGAGGACUCGUUUGAGGAGCGGUUCAUUGAUCCGGGAGAUUCUGGGAAAUUCAAGAGCAUCACCCUCACCAUCUUGGUCGUCGGCACCAUCUUCUCCACCAUCUUCCACGUGAUGACGCCUGAGGACUCGAGUGGCAGGUGGUCGCGAGAUGACGAGGCUGAGAUUAUCACGCAGGAGGCCGGCACAGCGCAGACCUCGGCCGAAGACGCAGCCGAAGGGGACCGCGUCAGGAGACCGAGGGUGCAGAUGACGUGGCGGGACUGGCUGACCGAGCCGCAGUUCUAUCAGGUAUCAAUGUUAUACGCCUGUGCUCGCCUGGUGGCCAAUCUUGCAAACAUAUAUAUGCCAAUUUACCUGCAAGAGACUGUACAUGCAAAGGAGACCAUGAUCGCGCUCAUCCCCUUAGUGAUGAGUCUAUCUGGCGUCGGUGCUUCCUUCCUCCUCCGGCUGCUGAGGAAGGGGAUUGGCAAAAAGGCAGCGACGGUCGUGGGCAUCGUCGUGGGUCUAGUGGCGAGCACGGUGUCGGCCCUGCCCUGGAUGCCAAGCUGGGCACUCUUCUCCGUGGCCGUGCUGUGGGGCGUCUCCGGUUCCCUCCUGGUCAUCCUCUCGCUUACCUUCGCCGCAGAUCUGAUCGGACGCAGCACCAACAGCUCAGCCUUCGUGUACGGAAGCAUGAGUUUCGGGGACAAAGUGCUAAACGGCAUUGCUGUCUUCAUGAUCCAGGAACUGACUCGAGUGGCAUGCGAGGGUCCCAACUGUUCCGUCUACUACCGUCAUGUCAUGAGUCUUGGCAUCUUCAUUCCGCUACUCUUGGCAUUUGUCGCCAUUUGCAUUCUCUCUCGUGUCAAGUUGGGGCGCACGCGGAAACUCGUACAAGCUCAACAGGACGAGGAAGAGACAAGCGUGAGCUCCAUCCACUCCGAAUCGAGUGAGAUUCUUUUGUCUCCCGGGACCAACCUCGGCUAUGGCGCCAUUACCAAGGCCUAGACUCGUGAAAAUACGUUGGGAAUCGAGUCACUCAUUGCAGAUGCAUGGGUCUUUCCAGCAAUGUUUAUAUUUUAAUUUAUCAUGUCUUUUCAAUUCUGUAGACGAGAGAGACUAGAGGCUGUUUUCUUAUUAUUUCGAAUCGGGUCCGUGGCGCAUUCGACUCAGUAUCGAUUCGCAGUUAUUACUUUUCUUUUUUUUUUAAGAUUGCCAUAUUUUUUUUCCUUUUGAUUUUAUUUUUUCCGAGAGCUCUGUACAGUCUACAUUAUUCCCUAUAAAAAUAAGAAGAAAUAUUACGAAUAAAAGAAACACGAAGAAUCAAAAUUUUAAAAGCAAAGAUAAUAUGGUUUAUUCAACAGAGACAUCUUAUACUUUUGCAAAUGCAUAAAGAACAUCGCAUUCUUUCUUGGAUGCAUGGUGUCCUAUAGAAUACGUGGUAAGAAUAACCUUGUAAAUCAUGAAUACAUCAUAUCCUCUGUAACAUACGAAUCGUAGCAGUUGUUUAACCGAUCAAAUCCAGUACAUAAACAACACACACGCACGAAGGGAAAAAAAUAUAUCAGGGAGGGGGAGAAGUUGACAUUCAAAAUACACGUAUUGGUGAUAAUGAAGAACACUGACAGUUGCUACAAUUACUUCAGUUAAUAAACAUUAUUAGUUAAUGAAUUUGGGAUUUAUAUUGAUAAUCUCUACGGUAUUAACUUAUGGUUAGUAAACAACAGUCUUAAUUACUGUAACAAGACUUUAAAAAUGCGUAUCUAGUUAACCAUGUCACCCAUGAUACUAAUGAAACAUACAAACACACAAACACGAUUAUUUUUUCGAAGUGCGCUCUCUAUUCUAAUCAAAGACUGUUUUAUUAUCUGUUGUUGUCGCUUCAGAUCCUCUCUGGCUACAAAUUUAUGCAUUUCUUCCCUAAAAUUUAUCACAUUUAUUUCGAUUUAUUUUCUUUCUUUUUUUUCUGAGAUAUUUGUGUGUUUAUUUUAUUUUCAAUUAAAAAAAAACGGCUUUUACCUGCAUUUAGAAAUAGCAUUAUUUAUUAUUUUGUGAUUUUUUUUCAUUCUCAUGUGCGAAUAUUUGCAAAAACGAUCGCUCAAGAUUUCUUUAUUCUUUCUUUAUAGAGAGAUCAGGGUAGAGAUCUCGGUAUGUCGUGUGUGUAUCAUAUGUCUAGUUACAUCAGAAUGUACUUUUUUCUCUUUCUCACUUUCUCGCUCUUUCCCUCUUUUU